AGGGGAGAGAGAGCGGAGAGAGAGGGGGGAGAGCGCCACCUCGCGGCGUCUUCCUCACUUCCUCCCCCCACCCAGAAUGCCCCGCUCCGUCAACAUCCUCCAUCGGCAGGGCCCAACACCACCAUGGCCACCAAGGGCCGCCUCGUCCCCUUCCUCAUCCCCUCGCUCCUUCUCCUCCUGCUGCUGCUGCCCUUCCUCGCCUUCCCCGCGGGGGCCUGGGGUCCCGGUGGUAGCCUGCCGCACGCCUGGCUAGAGCCCGAGAUGCGGGGGGGAGGCGAGGUCCCCUUGUACCCCGUGUACCCCGUGGACCCCCUGGGCCCCACCCCCGACGAGUCCCCGUGCGCCCCGCUGCUCGUGGAGUUCGCGAGGAGGAGCGCCGAGUUGGCGCUGUGCUCCCUGCGCCACGCGCGACCCCUGCGCCUGUGCGGCAGCUGCGUCAUCCAGCAGUGGAGCGCCAACCGGACCUACGGGAUGAUCCUCACCACGGUCCAGGUGAACAACGAGACGUGCGAGAGGACGCUGCUGCGCUCGGACCGCCUGCAGCUCGUGUACCAGCAGCACUCCUUCUCGCAGGGCCUCUGGGACGCCGCCUCCUGCGAAGCCUGCCUGGUGAACGGAACGAACGGCACACGGGAGGUGGCUUCGUGGAUGAUCAGCUUCAUGCAGCAGCUCAACAAGACGCGCACCUGCUUUCACGAGAACUCGCUGGUGCCGCGGUACGACCUGGAAGGCAACGUGAAACACUCGGCCGUGUGCAACAAUUGCAGGACCGCGUACAACACCCUGGGGAAAAUGUAUGCCGAGCUGCAGAAGAACGGCAGCCUGUGCAUCGACCUGGAGGACGCGAUGAACACUACGCGGCAGCUCUGGAGCGUGCAGUUCAACUGCGUGGAGUACUGCAGCGACACGCCCUCCGUGUUGGCCGUCUCCAUCUUCAUGUGCAUGCUGCCCAUCUUCUUCUACAUGAGCAGUGUGAUACACUCACGGCAGCGCAAGCGGCGUCUCGUCACGUCCAAGCGCAUGAAGUCGACAAACAGCUCGGCAAGCCUGCACCGAGCGCAGGCGCAGUGACACGUGCGCCGGUGGGACGUGGACCGGUAGCUUCUCCGCCACGAUCCCCCCCCUCCCCCCCGCCAACACUCCCGCCCCCCACCCCCUGCACUCGCCCGCACGGAGACGCACACGGCGUCGGCGCUGGGCCCCCCACCUCGGGUAUUAGAUGAGUGACAAAACGUCAACACGUAUGUCAGUAACACUGGGGCCCCGAAAGCAAUGCAGUUUGUAUUUACUUCGGCGGCGUUUUGGGCAUUGGCCCCUUGUUCUUCUGCACAGAACAUGGCUCGAUUACUUAAGCAAUGGAACACUUUGUCGAUUGUCGGUUCCUUACCUGAAGUGCCGGGCAGAAGGAGUAUAUAUAUAACAUUUCACGUGUGCCGCUGGACGGGAACUAGUGUGGGGCAUUGGCCAUGUCGCGCUGGGCGUGGCUUCCAGCGGGUUUCCCACCUUCAGGAGGCAGGAUGUGUGGGCGGCCGCCAUUUUUAUAAAGGGGUCCAAGUAAUGGGGCAUGAAUGCAACACCACCAAUACGUCCACCAACAUCUCUUCCAUCACAUCUACAUCAGCGUGAAACCCCCCCUCCUGGGCCGAGAGAAAGGAAGCGGGUCAUGUCUUCUUCACAGAGCAGCGAAGUGAGUCAAGCAUGGCUGUAAAUGCCCUGGUUUAUUGACAUCACAACAAUAACAGCGCUCACAGAUUCCAACCUGGUAACAGCCCCCCUUUUCCCGUGGAGGGGGGGGGGUGGCGCCUAUGUAGAUUCUGCAGACACAAACGAAGCAACGCAGCUUUCAGAAAAUAAAAUAUCUCUAGCUUAGCUCUCUUCAUAUUUCAUAGGAAUUGCACUCGUAUUAACCUACAGUACGAUAAUCGAUUAAAUAAGGAUUAGUUUGACGGGUAGAUUACCUUUCUCCCUCUUUUCGCUCCGCACGCAAGCUGCUCAGUCCGUGGGGGCCCCAGCAACCUCAAGUUCAGCCCCACCCAGGGCGGCAAACCUCCAGCUGCGACUUCCCUAUUGGUUUACAUGGCAAAUUGGAGGUGGGUAUUUAACCACCAGCUCUGGUCAGAUGGCCAUUGCUUGAUGAGGACGGCAAUGCCAUUUGUUGCAGAGGAUUUGCGGUUCAAAUUCCUUGGGCCACCCUGGUUAUUACUGCGGUGUGCUUUAACCGUAAAAACGCAACUAAGGCACCCUCGGCCACAGAGUGGACGUCAACGAUCACGUGCCAUCUUUCGCAAUGAGUAGCAGGCUGUUCCACCCGGGCGUGGCGGUCCAAAUUUGAACUCUUUUUACCUGCAAGUUACUGGAUUGGGAUCGCUCGGCAGCAGUAAUAAUUGCCCCCUCCCCAACCUACUGCAAAAGGACUGCCGGCUGUGUCUGUGGACAGCAUCAACAGCGCCUGAAUGGCAAUUGCCGUGCGGCGCCAUGAGAAACACAGCGGCCGCGGCACAUGCACUCAAAUCGCUGCUGUUGGCCGCAUACAGAAGCUGGAACCCACUGAAGUUAUGCCCCCCAUGGUGGUACAGACCCAGUGAAACUUCUUGUCUGGACAUUGACCAAGGGUGGCCCUGAAUCUCCACUCUUUUCACGACACGCCAGCUACUCUGGGUGCAACUGGCGACCCCGAAGCCCGCGGCGGUACACCGCGUCGGUUCGCGAGCGUGCUUGAUUAAGGACUUUUCACAAUGCGGGCGCGUUUCUGCGAGUUAUCUCAACCCCUGCCAGGCAUUGGGUUGAAAGAGUUCUGUUGGUACGACUUUUAUGCUCACGGCACGUUGAUUAAAAUUAUUUUUUACCAUUUGUGUAA